AUCAAAUGUACCUAACUAAAUUAUUUUGAUCACAGUUUUACAUCAGUAUUUCGGUGGCAUUUUUAUUUAAAUUUGUUUUUAUGCAUAUAAUCAUUAUGGAGGCAACAUUAAUAAAGGUACGUUUAAAAUGUUGUAUUUCAAAAAUGUCUUAUGAAACGUGUUGAUAAUAUUUUAUUUAUUUAUUCUUUUUUUCCCAUUAUUUUAAUUAAUAUUCUCGUUCUCAACCUUGUAAAACUCCACCAUCACAUUCUUGAACAGCAACCCCCGGAAAAGGCCCACGAAUGUUGAUUUGUCACACAUACUGUAUACAGUAGUUUAUUGGUCGACUCUCGUCCUCCAUGACAGAUGUUGCUCAGAGGCUCCAGCCGCAGCCUGGUCUGACUUUUAGGGCUGACUUCCCAGAGAUGUCACCACACUGGUGCCACCUGCUGUAUCUGCAGCGCUGACACGCAUCGAUGCUCUCGACAAUCAGCGCAUCAGGAGCUCGCAGGCUCUGUGUCCCGGCAUGGGCCCGGAAGUUGUUUGGGAUUCCCAGGUAAAGAAAAAAAAAUCCUGGAGAUGCUGUCGUCGCCUGGGAAAACAAACAGCUCUCGGGAAACAUAAGGAAGGACAGCGGUGAUCGGUGGCCAGGUAAACGGGAGGCCGGUGGAUUGCGCCGCGGCACUCGGCAACUGAUGAGAGAAUGAAUGCUGAUGACUGCAAUGGGCGCUCAUAUACACAAGGUAAUGGAGGAGAGACAUCAAUGGAACAGGACUUUUAUGGCCCAGUGCAGGGCCCUGCGAGAUCACCCAACAGUCAGCAGUCAUCACCACGCCGCUCUCUUAGUGCGAACUCCAUCAAGGUUGAACUGUGCAGCGAAGAUGAGUCACCGGGAGCUCAACAGCCAGAGAGCAGAGAAGCUGUGAAGGAAGACAGCAGGAAGGAUGGUGGAGGAGACCCUAUGGAAGAAGGGAACACACAGUUCACUGGAGCUCCCAGAGACAGAGUGACCAUCUACAGUGAGAUGGCCAGUCCGAACGCUGCUUCGCCAGGACCUAUCCGUCUCCCCAACGGGAAGCUCCAGUGUGAGGUCUGUGGGAUAGAAUGCGUUGGACCCAACGUGCUGAUGGUGCAUAAACGUAGCCACACAGGUGAGAGGCCAUUCCAUUGUAACCAGUGCGGAGCCUCUUUCACUCAGAAGGGAAACUUGCUGCGUCACAUUAAGCUGCAUUCAGGAGAAAAGCCUUUCAAAUGUCCAUCCUGUAACUAUGCCUGUCGCCGCAGAGAUGCUCUGGCUGGACAUCUGCGCACACAUGCAGCCUCUUCUCCAAUGAUGGGAAAACCGUUUAAGUGCAACUACUGUAGCCGCAGCUACAAACAACAAAGCACACUGGAGGAACAUCUGGAAUGCUGCCAAAAUUAUCUGAAGAGCCUGGACCAUCAGGCCACAGUCAACAGGCAGUCGAAAACACAGGGUGAAGAGUCGGCAAACAUGGAGAUAAUAAGAAAACGUGUUCUGCAGCCGUCCAGUGAAAGAAUCCAGUUUGUGGAGAGACUGGCCAAUAGUAUAACCAAACGCAAGAGGUCGACACCACAGAAGUUUCUGGGUGAAAAGCACAUGCACCUUAACCCGCCUGAAGCACCUUAUGAAUUGUCCUCUGGAUCUGAGAAAGAUGGCGACCUCAUGAGCUCUCAGCCGACAGGAGACUCUGCUGGGCUGCCCAGCUCGCGACUGCAAGGCACCAAGGGUAAAGGUGAGAAUCACAAGUCACCUUUACUGUCUCAGCUCAGCCCUGCCUUUCUGUCAGACAUCCGCAUGGCCAUGAGCUCCAUCGGCAGCAACGUGACUCCUCAAGGCCCCCGGGCCCACGGCGGAGGUGGACUGGCGACGAUGUCUCACGGGCUGGCUGGGCGGGAGGCAGGCGAAGGGCGUGUUGACCAACCCUCAGCUCACAGCCAUACCACCUCACCCAACGGCUGCCCUGACUCCACAGACACGGAGAGCACAGCAGAGGAGCAGAGCACAAGGGCUACAGCCCCAACCAGUACCUCCAACAAUCACCACCUCCACUACCAAACCCCAGCACUGCCCCGCAGCCUCCCCACCUCCAGUCCCAGCCAGGCCAAAUACUUGGAGCCAGAUUGGGAGAGGGCAUGUGUGGUGCCCGCCCCGCCAGUGAAGAAGAUCCUGAGUUCUCCCCUUUCUUCCAGAGAGACAGUGCAGGUGCUGGACAGGAACGGCAGACCAGUGCGCUCCUUCCCCUGCCACCACUGCUCCAUCCUUUUCCUGGACCAUGUCAUGUUCACCAUCCACAUGGGCUGUCACGGCUUCCGCCAACCCUUCGAGUGCAACAUCUGCGGCCACCUCAGUCAGGACCGCUACGAGUUCUCGUCUCACAUCAGCCGCGGAGAGCACCAGGUGGGCUGAGGGAAGGUGGCCAACGGUCGGAGGAGGGGGAGGCGGCGGCUGCUUAAUUAGGUUUGGGCUCAUGUUUGUUCUGCACCAGAUGAGUUGCUUUAAAUCCCUACUGUUAGUAAAUAUAAAAAAAAUCUGGUUUUAUGUUAAGAUUAUUUAUAAGGUCCUUAAUAAAAUACAAGUAAAAAAUAAAUAAAUAUUUUUUACCGCUCCAUUAAAAGUUAAGUGGAGGCAAAUUACGUUUUUCCAAUUGAUUUCCACUCCCAAAUCAUCAAAUCAUCUGAAGCCAAACUGGUAGUUUUGCUUCAAAAGUGCCUUCUUGGGGAAUUACCUCUUAACUAAAAAACUAGGUAGGUUCCAAAAACCUUGACUAGCCAUCUUUUCCUAAGAGAUUUAGUCAGCACUUUUGAUGUCAUGCACACAGGGGUUUUAAGAAGAGCAUGGCAUGUAAAAUUGAAAGAAUAAUAGUUGUAAUGUUCAGUGUGCAGCGUGGUCUGUUGGCUCUGGUGCGUCACGUUACGCUUGAAAUGCACUGAGAGCUUUGGGCUUGGAGGGAUUUUGUCACAGACGAAGCUCAGUUAUGGAUUGCCUUAACUCCUACACUAGUUUAGUGAUGUAGGAAAACAUUGUUUACAGCUUGGUUUCACAGAGUGUGGGGUGACCUCAGAGGGGGGAGCACUUACCGCUGCACAGGGGGAAGAUAAUCAGGAGGGAAGUGACCUUGAAAACCUUCACCUUUGUAAUUUAAUGUGAAGUAGGAUUUUUUUUGGAUGUUUUAUGGGAGCCUUAGAAAAAAACUGGUGCAGAUCAGACCAUGAGCCGUGAAGUGUACAAUGAGAGCCUGACUGAGACGGUCCAGUGUGCUUUACCUACAGGACACACCAGGACAAAAUUAUUAGCUUCUCCUGGAAAAAAACUAGCUUUUGAUUUACUUUUAAAAUGUUUUUAAUUUACCUCUCCUUGCUUUUUUUAUUCAGAGCAAAACAUUUUAACAAAUCUUUUCUAAACUACUACUACCGUAAUAUAGGAAGUA